UGGCGCAAGUGUUGCAUGCACCGUCGCGGCAAUUGCUGGCGCAAGUCUGUGGGAAGAGCGAGCGGACCGGGUUUGCCGUCGCCGUCGCGGCUACUGUCAGUGAUUAGACGUGGCACGGUGCGGCCGAUUACGGCCAUGGAGUGGCGGCAGGAGACGAUAUUGAAGCUGAUCGGCGCGUUUCGCGCGAGGCGGAUCCUCUGGGACCACAAUGCGCCGGACUACACCGACCGGAGCAAGAGAAUCUACGCGUGGAAGGAAAUUGCCGACGAGCUCGGAUGCGACGUGAUGACGGUGGAGAGGAAGCUGAAGAGCCUGAAGACUCACUUCAUGUCGGUCCACAAAGCAUACGCGAAACGCAGGCUCAAGGCGGAUCUGAUUCCUGGCAGCGACGUCCGGCCCAAGUGGUUCGCCUACGAGGCCUUGACUUUCCUGAACAAGGGACGCUUGACGCGAAUCAAUCGCGAGAUACCGAGCGUGGAGAAGCAGAAUCCCGCACCUGUCUCUAAUUGGAAAUCACAGGAGAUUUCGACAGGCCGUGACGAAUUCACGGUUUUUGCCGAGCACGUCGCCAUCCGACUGAAGAAUAUAGUGGACGUGCGUGCGAGACUUGUCGCGCAGCAUCAGAUAAACAACAUACUUUUCGAGGCCGAGAUGGGAAAGUAUAGUAUGCAGCAGCCCUUCGGCCCGGACAAUCCGGAGAUCAUGGAGAACCUGGAGCCCUCGACGUCGAACGAAGAGAAAGUAAUGAUAAACAAUAUUUCUCACGCGGUCUAACUGAAUCUUCUUCCUCUUCUCUCUUUCCUUUCCUUUUUUCCACAGAUGCGCUAUCUGCGCGUUAUGUUCCAAAAUUUUGCAGCGAGUCGUUCGCCCCACGUUACCUACAUCGCAUCCGCCCGAUUUUUACGGCGCGCGGUUGUCGGCAACAUGCAGCGAUCUCUCGCGUUGUACUUGUCGUAAAUAAUGCUGAAGGGUGAACGAUGAGGACCAUUGAUUUUAACGAGUCUCUCGAAGAUCGCGAAUAACGUUUUUGGCUGAGUUUGCUCCGCCAGACAAACGUUCUAUUUGUGUGCCUCGCUUUGCCCGGCAUAUCCUUUGUCGUUACAAACCGCGAAAGCCACGUCAAACGACGCGCUGACAACGCGAAACGCAGAAAUCGGCGGCGCUGCGCUUUCAUUUUUUCGCUCCCGUAUAUACCGAAGUACUUGUAACACACAUAUACACACACACACGCACACACACACGACGAAUUGAAACAAUAUCCGUCUAUUGUAUUUAAUGAUUUUAUGAUAAUUGAAUUCGUUCUUUUUCAUUGUGGGAAUUGAAUAAAUUAUGUCUGCAACG